UUCUCAAUUUUCGUAGGACGUGUUCGUCUUGUGUUUAACUCUUUACUCACUAAUAUUAAAAUGCGUAUUCUCCACAUUGUUCACUGUACAAUUCCUAAGGUGCUGAUAAGGAGAAUUUGUUUGACAAUCAAUUAGCUGGUGAUCAUUUCUUUUAUUCUCGUAACCUUAACGCGUGAUUUAGGCGUGAUAUUGUAAGGAGAAAUUAGAUGUUAGUCACUCUUCGAACUUAAAGGGCAGUGAUACGGUUAAUUCAUGCAUCGGUUGAAAUUUGUAUCCAUGGUGUCAAAAUAAAUAUAAAAAAAGUUUUGUAAUUCGGAAUUUGCUGGUUUCUACGGCGAUCAAAAAAGUGAACACUUCUUUCAUCAGUUUCCGAAAAUGAUAAUAAAAGUCAUAUGUCUCAAUACUUGUCUCGACAAUAUCAAGUUUGCCUAGCAGAGAAAACGGAUGUGUCAAUCUUUGCCGACAGUUCUCGCAGCAUAAUUGUUCAAACGCUGUCACGGAAGCGUAACUUGUGAUCUAUACUAAAAGAUGGGUUCUUACGCCGGCCAUGUUCUUCCAGGGUCUUUUUUCAUAAUAUUUGGCCUAUGGUGGUGGUUUAACAUUCUUGCUAAGAUUGCGGAAGCCCAAGCAAAGUAUUUUAAAAGACACUCCGUUGCGCAGCGAGGGCGAACCGAGAAAUUUGACUUCGAACUCGACUUUGAAUCUUCUGUGUGGAUGAAAGUUCCUCUAUCAUGUCUGAGAAAUUUCCCUGUCGAUCCUUGUUUGAAAGUUAUAGCAUGCACUGUCGGAAUCAUUGCGGAGCUAUCGAAAGGCAAAUGGAACCUUCUUGACAACCAUGGGCACUUUUCGCAUCUAAACAACUUCGGUCACGCGACAAUGUUUGGUAGUUUUCUGCUGGGUGCCAUUGCGGAAAUUUUUCGCUACUACAACGUCUUAUUCGUGCCUUCAACAACGGAUCAUGUGUUGUUAUCAAAGGCUUUUUUCCUGGUUGGGGAGUUGUUUUAUUACCACAUCGAAGGACGCAACGAACUUGAUCAAAAGCUACAUAUUCCGCUAUACACUGUUGCAUUUUUCAUCGCCUUUAUCGUACUGCUGGAAGCUUGGCAACGGAAGAGUCUCAUCUUGUGCAUGGUGCGCUCAUUUCUCGUUGUUCUCCUCGGUACCUGGUUUAUUCAGAUCGCUCAUGUGUUGUACGGGCCUCGUCCCUGGCAAGACAUAGGAUCAAACCACGCAUUUGUAGUGAUUGUUUUUGCGUGGCACAUACUGGGUUUGCUGGCGUGUUUCCUCGUCAAUCUUGUUGUAAUUGGAGGUGUAGUUCUUGCAUUCUCCAAGGCAACAAGAUGGUCGGCAGUUCUUAACCCUUCAGGAUCUCAAGAGAAAAGUGAACUUCACAGUUUGAUGAACGUAGAACAAGAUAACGAGGACAAUGCGUAGACUUGUUAAAAAUGAAUAUUAGACAGACGGCGUCGAUCAACAGAAAGUCUCAUGUUUUAACAUUAAUUUCCAAACGACUGUCUUACCUUUCUUUAACAAAAAAUAGGUACGACUGAAAAGCCUCAAUCACGUAGCCAUUGGAGUUGUAGAAACUUCGAAGGUUUUUUUACAAGGACUUAGUACUGGUAAAGUGUUAAUUAAAUGGAUUACAGAAAAAAUCUUACAGAAACUAAAACUUUGUAGAACAUAACAAUACAUCAUCAAUUUAAUAUUCGAUAAACCUAUUGCUUACGUGACAUGCAUGCCAGAUAGAAACACAACACUUCAAGGAGACAAAUUAUCAUGAAAAUUUCUUUUUAUAUUUGCAUAACAGUGGCCUUGCACUCUACAGAAUAAAAAAUGAAUACAUAAAUAAAUAGAUAAAUAAUAGAAGAGAUGAAUAAAUUUCAAACGUUAAGCCGUAUUUUCGACAAUAUUAAAAGUUGAUUUCGACAGUGUGGUGUAAGAGAUGGGUUGUGUAAAUGACAUUAUUUAAGGAGAUGACUCAACCGUUAUAUUAAAAUACUAUUUUCGUUGGUGCC